CAACAACCAUGGCGGGAUCUCAGUUAAAAAGAUUGAAGGCCACCUUGAAGGCCAACGGGCUCACCGGGCAGACAAAUAUCAAGAAGAAGGGAAAGUCUAAGGCGCCGUCGGACACCAGACGCGAUGACAAGGAGAAGGUGAUCCAGGGUAUCCGCGAGGAGUUCAACCCAUUCGAGAUAAAGGUCAACAGACAGAAGUACGACAUUCCUAACAAAAAAGUGCCGGUGGCGAGACCCGGGAUUUCAAAGCAGAUUGGCGAGGACGAGCGCAAGGCCGCAUGGGAGGCGCGCAAGGCCCGUCACAACAAGGUCGGGGGCUUGGUGGAUAGACGUUUCGGUGAACACAACACAGACAUGACGCCAGAGGAGCGGAUGUUGGCUCGUUUUACACGUGAAAGACAGAACGAGUCGUCCAAGGGCUCGAUGUUCAAUCUUGAGGACGACGACACGGACAUGUUGACCCACUACGGGAAGUCUUUAUCCGCAAAGGACAGCGACUUGAUGAUUUCGGACGAUGAUGACGAGGCAACGUUCUCGCAGAAAAAGAGACAGUACCACGAGACGAUGGAUGAGGAAAAGCCGGUCAAGAAGACCAAGGCGGAGGUUAUGAAGGAGGUCAUGGCGAAGUCAAAGUUCCACAAGCAUGAGCGCCAGUUACAGCAUGAGCGGAACGAAGCUAAGAUGUUUGACCUUAAUGAUGAGUUUGAUGAUGUUAUGGCCGAGUUGAACGGCGUGCCACAACCGAAGAAGCCGAUGUUCAGCCAGAGGUCGGACAAGGAUCGCGAGUAUGACCUCCAGGUGAAGCAGUUGUCUUUGGAGAAGCGUGCGGCACCGGCGGACAGAACUAAGACCGAGGAAGAGUUGGCGGACGAAAGAACCAAGAAGAUGAAGGAGUUGGAGGACGCCAGGAUGCGUCGUAUGGAGGGUCUUACUAACUAUGAUGACGAAGGUGAGGCCAAGGCGGCCGACGCUGACGACUUGGACGACGAGUUCUGGGCCGGGUCAGAUGAAAAUGAGGAAGACGGGUUUGUUAUUAGAGACUCGGACGCGGAGCAAGAAGAUUCAGAGACCGAGGAUGAGGACAGGCCGAAGGACUUUUCGGGGCCAAACAUCAUGAAGAUUGGUGACCGAGUCGUCUCCACCGGGACCGCCACCAAGAACGUGCCGACGUUGUGUCCCGCAACCCACGCGGAAUUCCUUGCCUCCUUGAAGGACGUGGACUUUGCGAAGCAGCCACGCUACGUGGCUAAGAUCCUCGACAUCUACAGACCGAACCUUGCGGAGGGUAACAAGGCGAAGAUCGCGGUCUUUGGCGCCGUUUUGAUCGACCAUAUCUUGUAUCUCGCGGACAACGAGACAUCCCAGAACGAAGCCUUGCCGCAGGUGUUGGAGCAGUUAAUUGCGCAGUUGCGUGGGAUGAGUGACGUAUACAACGAGGCGCUCUGCGAGGCGUUCAGAUCCAAGACCGACGCCAUUCACGUGCGCUUGAAGGAGUCGCAGAUCUCCGGCGACACUUCUGUGUACCCGUUGGUGUCGGACUUGGUAUUCUACUCGCUCGUCGGCAGCAUCUACUCGACCUCCGAUCACUACCAUCUCGUGGUGACCCCGUCGUUGAUCUUAAUGGCGGAACAUUUGGAGCAAGGCAAGGUUCGCACCUUGCAGGAUGUGUUCGCAGGCUUAUACAUUGCAGACUUGUUUCUCCACUACCAGCGCCUUUCGAAGAGAUACUCGCCUGAAGUUACCUCCUUUUUAGAGCGCGCGUUGUUGUUCUUGGUGCCAGAUGCCACCAAGAUCGAUGUUGCGGGCUUGCAGUCUGUAGCCGAGGUGUCUGCCUCGCCGUUCUGCCUCGCAAAGAAGGACAAGGUGGUGCGUGGGGAGACUUUGAGAUUGACCCAGUUGUACGAAUACGAAGUGACAGUGGAGCUCAAGUCGGCGUUGUUGUUGAAGACGCUUGCGUUGAUCGACACUGCGUGUACUGUCUGGAGGGAAAAGACCGCAUUUAUCGAGAUUGUCUCGUCGUUUGUGGUGCUUUUGAAGCACUUGUUGAAGUACCAGGCGCAUGUGCCGGAGGUGCUGGUCUUGCUUGAAAAGUUGCUCAAGCUUUCAAAGUUCAGCCAGGACACCCAUAAGCCAUUGACCUUGCAGAGCCACAGACCGUUGGCUAUCGCCACUUACGUACCGAAGUUCGAGGAGAACUUCAACCCGGACAAGAAGUCAUACGAUCCAGACAGAGAGAGACAGGAGAUCGGCAAGUUGAAGGCGCAGCUCAAGAAAGAGCGCAAGAUCACUAUUCGCGAGAUCAGAAAGGACACCAAGUUCACCGCCAGACAGCAGAUAAAGGAGAAGAAGGCCGACAACGACGCUUACCACGCCAAGAUGAAGCACAUCUACAACAGUGUGUCGACCGUCGAGGGUGCCGCCAAGAACGAGUACGAGAGGGAGAAGAAGCUCCGCAAGAACAAGCGCUAGGGAGUUGGUUUCAGUGUAUAAUAAAGGUAAAGAUAAGAGUCGUGUGCGUAAUACAAGGUGCUAUAGAGAUUAGCACAUAAUAUCAUAUUGUAACCACACGAGAUGUUGUAGAAACAUUAUAUGCGAAGAGGUAACUAGGAAGGGCUGAAGGCGUAGCUAGGACUUGUCAAAAGACCCGUCAAACUUGUA